AUGGCGAAGUCGGGCCGUGCAAGGCGGUGUGGAUUCCUACCCGCAAUAGUUCUGUUUAUUGUCGGACAGACGUGGAUCAUUUUGAUAUCGCUGCCCAACUCCCCCCGCAGACUUGAGGAUGACCAGCGAGACAUUACCACCCUGAAACGCAUCAGGGAAGUAAGGUUAGGCGUUAUUCAAGACAAAAAAUACACGGCAAAACUGGAUCAAACUCUCCAAACCAUCCUAGCUCGCCAUCGUGGCGCGGUGGACACAAGCAACUUCCGGUAUAAUGUAUCUCUUGGGGAUACAUUGUCUGUCCGACGUCCAGUCCCCGAUAACAGAAAUCCGGAAUGUCAAUAUACAAAAUUUUCGUUUGACACCUCAAUCACUGUAUCUGUUGUAACCAUCUUCCACAACGAGGCUCUGUCUACUUUGCUCCGGACUGUCCACAGCGUUAUAGAUAGGUCCCCCGAGGAAAUCCUCAAGGAAGUGAUACUCGUGGACGACGCCAGCACUAUGACGUACCUUAAGGACGAUCUGGACAUGUAUCUAUCCCUGGUACCCAAAGCCAGAGUGAUAAGGAACCGUCACAGGGCAGGACUGGUCAGGUCAAGGAUGGCCGGAGCUCGGAAUGCCAGUGGUGACGUGUUGGUGUUCUUUGAUGCACACAUGGAGUGUAACACGCGCUGGUUGGAGCCACUUUUACAUGCGCUUCAGGAGGAACCGACUGCAAUUGUACAACCAGAUAUCGAUAUCAUAAAAGGCAAAACAAUGGAAUAUUACAGUUACGAAGACAGCGGUCUUCGCUCUCGUGGAGGUUUCGGCUGGGACCUGAGAUAUGCGUGGUUCGAGGUUCCGGGAUUCGUUGAACAAGCAUUGAAGUCUAAAAUGGAAGCGUUUGUUACCCCAGUUCUUGUGGGAAACGCAAUUGUCGUACGAAGGGAUCACUUUUUCAAAAUAGGGGGCUUCGACGAAGGGCUGGAUAUCUGGGGAGGGGAACACUUUGAUCUUUCCUUUAAAAACUGGUUGUGUGCCGGAAGAGUUUUGACAGUGCCAUGCUCCAAAGUCGGACAUCUUUUUAAACUAGGAGUACAAAGCUACAGUUUUGGUGGUGAUCGACAUACCGUCAUACUGAAAAAUCUUAUGAGGGUAGCGGAAAUAUGGCUAGAUGAUUAUAAAGAUGUCUUCUACAGAGUAACUGCUGGACAAAAUAAGAUAUUUCCAAAAUUGGACAAUAAUUCUAUAACGCUACGAAAAGACUUUAUAAAGACUUUGAAUUGUAAGUCAUUCAGUUGGUACCUCAAGAACAUUAUCCCGGAGCAGAAGGUGCCCCCUAUCGACGCCGUUUUCUAUGGGGAGAUAACCAAUUAUAAAACUUCUGCCUGUCUUGCUGUCCUAGAUGAUAAUUUCAUAGGGAUGACAUAUGCAUGUUUUAGAUAUAGAAUCAUACCUGAAAACUCGUUUACAUUUUCAAAAAAAGGUGAAUUUAAAUUUGAAAAUGAUUGUUUGUUUAUUGACCCCACAAAUUAUUACCUGAAGAAAGGCAAAUGUGACCAAACUAGAAAUGUGCUCUUGGGAAAGUGGAAAUUUCAAACGGCAUCUUCGAUAUCUAAAACAGGAACUCUGAAGUUUGAGACUAAUAACACUACAAAUGCGCUAUGUGUGACUCACGUGACGGGAGCGAUACCGAAAGUCCAUUAUAAAGAGCAGAUGGCACAAGGUACGACAUGUAACAGCAGUUCUGCCUUUCAGGUUUGGUAUUUCAUGUACAGACUUUCCGAUGUGUGA